CCCAAAGGUAAAGUCUACUAGAAAACGGAUAAAAAUACGACAAAGAACAGCUACUUGCUAGUGAAACAUACUAUUCAGAUAAUCGCUCAUAGUACAUCACUCAAUACAUACAUUUUUUAGCUGGUUCUCUGACUCGCCAGCUGCAUGCUACGGGAGCAGCGAGUACAAAUAUUUGCAUAGAGGACAUGAGGUUUGAUCCUUUACCUUGGAGGAGGAGCAGUAGCCCCAUUUAUUAAGGGUGACCGACGUAACGGUCAUGCCGAAGUCGAUUUUCACCUCUGCGUCGCUGAACUACACAGCGACGCCAAGCCUGUUGUCGUGCGCAUUUUGCGGUCCGACGCAACUCGUCUACGUUGCGGCAAAGCAUCUCUGUUUCCUCGACAUUGUUACGGAAACCAGGGAGUUCGUACCGCUUCCGGAAGGUAUCUAUCUCGGGGCCUGAAAAUACUUAAAUUUUUGAUUGUAUUUUUUGUGAAAAGUAUAGCAGUGCAGGCUUUUUUACCAGGUUCUUCUUCCAAAAAUUGUUAGAUCAUAUCUUCACCUCUGACACGACAGGUGUCUACGCGGCAAAAUGUUUAGCUGCCAGCGGCAAGUAUGUCGCCUUAGCGACGUCAGGAAUUUUCCCUUGCAUCUACGUGUUUGCGGAUAAGAAACUGUUUUUCGUGAUACCGAAAGUUGCGGAGCUCGAUGUGCCAGAUUUGCAGUUCUCUGCCUGCAGCACGCGGCUGUACGCACUGGGGAAGUCAACGUAAGUCAAACCGGUUUUCAUCCUCAUCACUCUAGUUGUAUUGUGCUGAUGAGUAUGGUAUCUUCGGAUCACUGCAGGCUCGCCUUGUUUUCUUGAGUAUGAAAUAGAAGUGCUCUCUUGAUGUUGUGAACUACGCGUUACAGGAGUUUUUAUCCUCCAAAAAAUCGAUGUGUUUUUACAAAAAUCACACCUAAUGAAUACAUCAUAUCAUCGAACUACAACAAGUCCCCUGUCAAAGCACAGGUCCUCGACGCGGUUCCUGGUGUUCAACACAGCAGAUGGGAGUAUACUUCCAGGAUGCGAGAACGUUAGUUCGCUGCCGCGUUAUCAACUAGACCGGCUUUUCGUGUCGCCGCUGGACAAGGACCGUGUUUUUCUCUGCAACAGUACUCGGCGGGUAGCUCAGCUCUCAAGAAUCGCACGACGAUUCAAAAAUUAUGAUUCGAUGUCGUGAUUGGAAUACACUUUUAGUCGUUUAAUUUUUCCUCGCCCGACUCUUUUCAACGAAAAAGUUUAAUAUGCUCUAGUGCACCUGCACAUGGAGAAAACAUAUAGCCGGUUACUUUUCGUUCGUGUUAGCUGCACCCUCAUCCAACACAUCUUUUUCCCAUUAACACCGGUUUUCUAUAAUUUAAUACGGUACUAUGAAUGUUGUCACUCAUCAUCAUAAGCCUCGUCCUCCCUCUCCUGGUCCACAUCAUCUAACUCACAUACAUCGUGACGCUGUACGACAACAGCAUUCCCGAGCUUGGCGAUGGGGAGGUGAUGUCGCCAUUGGAAGGGUAUACCUGGACGCCGAAAGGGAGGUUUCUUGUGAGCACGAAGAAUGCUAUUCUCCUCUUAUGCCGGGAAACUGGCGUCAUUCUAUAUACCUGGCGCAGCUUCAGCACUAUCGAAGACGACAGACUUGCGAAUGGCUACAUAUCGAACAUGAUGUUCAUCUCCACCUUCCUUGUCGCUGUCCACGAAGUGAAAAGUACUAUAAUAUCCUUGGUUCAACAUCACAACUUGUUCGAGUUUUAGAACGUAUAUAGAAGAAUCUCAAAUUUCAAUUUGAUUAUCAAUCAUCUUUAGCACAGCAAAGGGUUUAGGUAUUGUUUCUGAACGCAGGAGUGUCUCUCUCUCUCUCUCUCCCUUUCGCAUUGUCCUCAUUGUCCUCACCUCGUGAAUGUGAAAAAUUCCAGAACCCCACUCCACUGCUGGAGACCGGUUACAGUAUAUAGUGUACUGGCUUUACGACCAGGACGAAGAGGAUAGUGCGGAGAGCGGGCAAGGAGGUCUCGCGGAUCUGUUUCGCAUGCAGGAUAUCUGUGAUUUAAAUCACUCCGCGGAAUACAAGGGCGUCACUUCGCUUACGCCGUCCCCAGACUUCGCGCGCGCUCUUAUGACGACAGCAGGCGGCAACCUUUUUCGCUGGAGUCUGCCAACUGGAGAGGAGUUGGAAGGUAGAACUGGAAAUCCAGAUCCGUGUUCAUCUAAGUCACAUCUUCAAUAUGUUGACUAUGUAUUAUAAGUAGAUGACCUUCACCAGCACACUCAGACUAGAACGAGCAAAGUGGAAACUCAUCAAUUUUACCCUAAACAGAAAUCGCACGCAAGUUAGAGGAAGAUAUUCUUGGAGAACCUCAGGACGUCACUUUAGACCUGAAGCCACUAGCGAGAUGUCACGUGAACUUCAUCACAAGUUGUGGCUUUAUGGAGGUACCUUUGUUUUUUUUUUGCGAUAACCCCGAAUAUGUGAGAAAUCUGUAUUUGAAUGAGUUUCCUAAGUUUUCAUCAGAUGUUGGAUAUUUUUAUGGACGGAUCUUCACAAGAUAGGAAGACAGGACAUCUCGGUCUCCUCGCUUGGGAAAACUUGAAUUAUGAUUUUAGAUUUCUUUUAUUUGCUCGCAUUGGUAGAUUUUGAAAUAUCGACCAUCUUCAGAGUGGAGGUGAAGCGGCUAUGGUCACCGGGGACGAAACGGGGUUGGUGCAAGUAGUGAGCUGCAAAUCCAAGGAGGUUCGGACCGUCCGACUGCAGUGGGGAGUGCAGUGUUUGCUGCCGAUAAGUUCGGUAGGUAGCGCCACCGGACCCAACGACUGUCUAUUAGUGGGCAGCGAGUCUGGCGCAUUGCGUCUGCUUCAGUCGAGUGGCAGCGACGGCUUAAUGAAAAGUGUAGACUGCGUGCGUCUGUCCACCGUGGGCUACUCAGCGCUCGGCUGCGAUCGCAGCUUAAUAGCGGCAGCGGUGUAUAAUUCUUCAAGUAGCGAGGCUAGUGUACCCGCUCCUGCAACAGGCUCCUCGUCGUCCGUGUUCUUGAUGAACUACGUGCCAAAGAAGGGGCUCGCGGUACACGGCUGCGUCGAUCUGGAAGCCAAGACGAUAGACGGACUAGUCUGCUAUCCAACGCAGCAGAAUGAAACCGCGUGUGCUGCAGUAGGCGCACACAGCAAAGGCGGUGACCGGUGGCGGCUGUGGGUGUUCGAGUGCCCCAACCAGAACUUAGGUCCUGCGGUCGCGAAUGCCCGCGAGGCUGCACAACAAGCGAAGCAGAGUGCUGGGGGCGUGGAAACAGUGGGCGGAAGCAGUUCAUCUACGGCGCGGGCCGCGGCUGCAGGAGCCGCUGCAGGCGGUGUCUUGGCUGGUGUGCUCGAUUUUCUCCCCGUCGUGCACGUGGCUCUGGAUCAGGAACCGUGCUGCGUGAGCGCCAGCGCAAGUGAAGACCUAGUCUACAUCGGCUACGCUGGCGGACAGAUAAGAAGCGUCCCUCGAGCGGAGUUGCAGCAGGCGCACGUGAAAGUGGAGGCUCUGAAGCAACAGCGAGAACUAGAGCGCCAAGCCCUAAGGGAGGCAGGCGGCGACCUGCUAGAGGGAUCCCUGAACUUGCCGCCAGCUGUUAGCGAUGGAGAAGCCGUCGGCGAUGACGCCUUGCGCGAACCAGCGGGGUCACAAUUAUGGUCUGAUAGUACAUACUGUAGUGCUAGUUAUUGAAGUCAAUGUCUUGUAAUGUCUAGAGCAUUCUUCGCGGCCGCUACGGUGAUCACGAAUGAUCAUAUCAGGGGCAGACACAUGACAUCUUCGCGGCCGUUCGUGAUGAGACCUGUGAUAGUGUUGCAUGGUGAGUUAUUUUCGUGGAGUGCUGCAUGGUACAAAGAAUAUUUGCGGUAAAGAGGAAAUGCGAGUCUAUUUUUGAGACGUAACAAGCAAAGCACUCGAGACGUGUUUCUAAUGCUGAUCGUUAGUUCGAAGCAGCAGAGUAAGCAGGUCAGUGACAUUGAGGGUGAGAACGCGCCUGACGAUGAAGAGGUGGCGAAAUCGCCUGACGACUCAGACCACGACUUGCUGAUUGUCACCACCUACGCUGGCGUUACCGGUGCUAUGGGUGGUGCCUUCGCCACCCCAGCCGCAACGAGCAACACAGGGGCGCGGCGUCCACCUGUGCCGGAGGGCACAGCAGUAGCAGAAAGUGUCGUCUACGAGCACGAGCAGCCAAUCUCGGCUCUUAGCUACGUUGCGGCGACCAGCACGUUGGUGGCCGCGGCGAUGGACGGCGUAGUUCUCGUAAUCCGGAAAGGCGCAGCAGUGAGACAGUAUCACAUGGCAGACCCGUUUGGUGGCGGUGUAUGGAGCUUCGCCGUGAGACCUCCAUCAGGUCCGGAUGCGCCACUACAAGCGCUGGUGACUAGCAGCAGCGAAGUGGUCAGCUUCUGCUAUGACGUGAGAACUUCAAGAACAACUUGUUUGGUGCAUACAACGGUGUUCGCUAUUUAAGUGAACAUUCCACGAGGUAUCUUUGGGUAAUCUGAGGCGUGUAAAAGCGCGACUGUCCUCGUGAUCAGCAUACAGUUUUGCAUAUCAAAAAAAUCUUUAUUCAUUGAUUAUCCAAUUUUCUCGCGCCUGCCGUUCUCUAACAUUGUGAGGAGGCAUCGGAAGUCGAGUCGUGGUCUGGUCUCAGGCUGGGCCGCAACGUGAGUCUACUCGAGGGCGGUGCGUCCAAGGGAGAGAGCGAGGUUGAAAUGGCAGUCUGGACUGCCCAAGGCGAAGCUGCUGAGAAGGAGCAAGCCGGUGCCGCGGAGUCGGAAGAGGUCUCAGUAGCGAACGACAAGGCCCGCCGAGAGCUCCAGAACGGCCUAGACGCGCUUAGGCGUCGUUUGCGGGAGUUCUUGGACAAGAACGAAGUAGCCCCCGACCUCGAGAGGCUCCAGCGUGGGGAGUUCUGUAUUGACACGGAGGAGCGAGACUUACUAGUGAAGAAGGCAGACGAUAAGAGCGGCGAGAUCCGAAAAAUAGUGGCGCGUGAGAAUCUUGCUAGAAAACUUAUCUGCCAGAGACUGAUCAAGGAAUUCUGGGACCCCAUGGCGUCGCCGGGAGCAAUCGUUGCAAGUCUUCUAGGACCGCAAAGCGUUGCGAACUAUCCAGAAAGAAAAGUCGACAAAGCGGAAACGAGCAGGUGUCUAUUUAUCGAAUUUACAUGCGCGGCGACGGAACAGUUUUAUAAUACUGUCCUCGUUGACUCUGUUUCGUCUUUCCAGUAGUUUAGGAUGAAUACUUGAGACGCGUACGCGUUGACAAUAAUCCCUAUGCAUACCCGUAGCGAUUGUGUUCGUUCCGCAACAGUACUAUUUUUCAUCAGUUUAUCAUCCACACUCAAGGAUCCGCAUGAUAGCGCAGAUGCGAGACGUCGAACUUCUGGAAAAAGAGUGGGCGUCAAGCAGUGACGGCCCAGCAGGUGACUGGUAUCUCGAUGCAAACAAAUUUGUUCCUCCUGGCAUCGAUCGGCAAUAUUUGAUCAAUUACUAUUAUGAAGGAAAGCUCUUGGGCGAAUCUGAAUUCUGAGUAAUCAUCGUCCAUAGAUUUCUGUGACACAUCAUGACCAUUAAACUGAUGUGCGAAGAUGGAGAAAGUGCUGUUUUUUUUCUUCAUCUUCAUUCCAGAGGUUCGUUUGCUUGGAGCAUACCUAAACGAACCUGCAAGGUUUAUUCUUUCCAAAACCGCUUCUAAUUUCUUGGUGGUGAGAACAUUUACGAGAGCAGUGCCGCUGCCGGCGGAGAGGGGAAGAAGCUCACGGAAGCAGAGCAGAAGGAAAUAGACGACGCAAAAUCGAUUAGGGACCGCGUCUACACGCCCUUUGAGCUAGGCACGAAUAUGCGUAGGAAAUCUCAAAUCGUGCUCCUCCAGACCCUCGCGAAGGAUAUGCAGCGAGCCUUCAACAAGAAGUUCAAAAAAUGCCAGGAACACAAAAAAGUACUAGGAUGAUUUUUCUCUGAAAUAAGAAGCAGAAUCAAUGUGUCGUACAAGACUUAAUUCUGUUACAGCCUGAACCUUCUUUUGACUGCUCCCACUCCCCCUCAACUACUCCUAAUACACUUUUUUUUUCACAUCAAAUCCAGGAAGUGAUGUCGCAUAUAUCGGAGAAGAUAGCUAGGAUACGAGGCAUUUUGAAGGAGCUAGGUCGCUCAGAGACCGUUGAUGAGCCGGAACUUCUACCAGCAGAGGUACCCGAAUCGGUGCUCAAGGUCCAGGAAAAAGAAGUCUUAUGAUCCAGACUUUUACAUGUAUUUUUGUAAGAAGGAAUAAGAAUGAUUUUUGUCUGCCCGCUCCUCUAUGUUUAGUUCACGUAGUAUGCUGUGGCCGACGAAAUCGUUACUCAGUGUAAAAAAUCUUAGUUCUUCAACCAUUCACAUUCACUAUCACUUCAAUUUCUUGUUCUAAUCUGUGCCGUAGUAAAGUACGUGUCGCCUGAAGAGCGAGCGAAGAAAGAGGCAGAGGCGAAGGCGGCCGCAGACAAAUCUGCCAAAAAGACGAAUGAUGCGGGCACAAGGGCUUUGCAGCAAAUGAUGGGUGGGCGAUUGAAGACUAAUAAGGAUCUGACGCCUUUGGAGCGUGUCGUUGAGAGGGAACCCUGGAUGGACAACGUGCCACCGGAACAAUGGACGGAACUUCAGGUAGAAAAAAUGGACUAGUGGUCUAGUAGUCUAAGUUAGUAAUGGUAAACGAAUUUGUUUCAUCUGUAGCUACGACUCAUUCGGCGCAUAUAUCAAUUAGUAUUCGCAACUACUACCUCCUCAAAAAUCUCCAUGAGGUCCAAUUGUAUGAGGAAUACGAGCAACGAUGCGCUUUGCUAAAGGAGGAACAGAAUGUCUACAGCUCUCAAUUAGGCGAGGAACUCGAGAAGUUGAAAAAAGAAGUGCAAGAGUUGAAGGAAGCGUUCGAAGGCAAGCUGAGUGCCUUGGCUGGAGAGCGUCAUCGGUCGGACCUGCACUACUACUGGCAGGAAAUUUACUUAAGGGUUAUCAAAUUGCAUUCCUUACUACCGGCCCUCUUGACCUAUUUCCCCUACAACCAAAGAAGUCAAGUAGUCGGAUCUGAAGAAUGCAAUUGCGCAACCUCAUCUAAUGUGGACUAUCAGGCUUUUUUUGGCCUUGCUGCAGGCGGUCGAGGAUCAGGGAAUCAAGGAGUUCAUCAUCCAGGAAAUUCACCAGGCACAGCAAAGGCUCCAAGAAGCAGAGGGCGUGCUUCAACAAUUCGCUGAGAAGGUAAUAUUUAAUUGACCAAGAAAAAGUCGUCAGGGGGUAGAAGUUGUCACAUCAUCAGUAACCAAUGAAAAGAUGUUCGAUUCUUUGUAGUUCUUGCUUGUUGAGUCUGAUGCGUUUUUAGAUUCAUUGGUAUUCUCUUACAUAAGAGAGAGAGUAUUUCAUUGUCAGGUCCGAACGCAAGAGCGGAUUAUGGAAGACCACGUACGACGCGACAAAGAGCUGUCCUCGAAGUUCCGCGAGCAUUUUCCGACCUUGGAGCAGGAACAACAGAAUUUCUUAUUGAAGCUCUUUCGACAGCGACCGCCGAAGCCUCCAGGAGGUGCGGCGAGCACCGCUAACGUUUUUGCGAAGCUUAUGGAGGAAAUUGUGACUGAUCGCUAGUUGUCCUAAAAAAGACUUUUUCCUUACCUCAUAGAUGUCCUCUCGUGUCACGGAUGCUAGGUACCCAAAUCCAUUUGUUUCUCAACAGUUUGUUCUCCUCCACUGAUUGCUUUUUCAUUCGCCCUAGUAAACACUGCUUUUUUUGUUCCUCCAUUUGUUUUGCUUCAUGCUCGCGCACAAAGUGGAGAAGCUUAACCCGUUCAAGCCGGGUGAUGAGAUGAUAGUGGAGGACUACAACGGAACGAAUUUAGACACGCUGCACGUCCCAGUACUAGGCGAUGUGCCGGAAGAGACGCUGAAAUUUCCAGAAGAUUGCUCCAUGGAUGGCAUCGGAAAGGCUAACUUCGAGUUGAUGCUCGACUUGAAACACCAAAAGCAGCUGCUGGAGAUCGAAAUACAAAAGCUCAACGGUAGCAGUACAAGGAACUUGUAACUAAGCUCUAAGUAAGCUCUAGGUACUAUAUACUUUUUAUGGAGAAUUAUACCAUUGAAAUCCUCGCGAUGAACAAUUGUGUGAAUAAUAUCUAAAUAUGUAUAAGGAAAGCCUCGUAGCUAUAGUACUAAAUUCUGCGAUAUUAAGUUUGUCCUCCAAAUCCAAUAAACCUACAACUACAGGAGUGCACGUGGAGAUGUUGAAGCUACUCGACUACUAUCAAGGAGAGGUAGACUCAGCCCGAGCUGUUUUCGAGAAGGAAGUCGACGACCUUCGGGCUCAUCAAAGUAUGAUUGACAACGAGGACGAGGAUUACGAAGUCAUGAUACAGCUGAAGCAGGUACUUCUACUGUUUAGAAUUUGAUUAGUUUCUUUUUCUAAGGCUUCAUUGUGAACACUUGUUGUACGUCAACAUUGAAAUGGGAGAUGCAUCAACAUCUCACUUGAACGGAGCGUCUUUGUACUGAUGUUUUGCUAAUUUAUGUAACUACAGGGUCAAGUCGAAGUGCCACCUGCUGCUGUAGUUACCGAUUACAGUGACGCUAUUACGUUUCACAAAGAAGUCGUCGAGGGAAGGAAUCGAAGGAUUAUCGACCUCGGAGCUGAAAAUUAAGAAUUCGGACAACAUAGUAUCAACUUGCUUCAAAGGGGAGGGACUACCUAGAAGUAUUCCUAUUCUCACACAAUCCCGACACCCAGACACAUUUGAAUUGCAGAAUACAGACUCUGACUAUGACUGUCCCAAACAGAGGAAGGAGAAGAUGAUCAACAUAUUAAACCUUCCCUUGCUUCUUAUUGUUCUAAUACAAAGUCGCUAUUCUCGAGUCCGUUCGCGAAUUUCGGAAGAAAAUCAACCUUGUCAUCUACGACCAGGCGAUGCUUGCAUUACAGAAGACGGAUCUAAACGAGAGGACAAAGGAUGUGCAAUUCUUGAAGGUCACGAAGGACGUGCAAGAACUUCUUAAAGGCGGCGACGAGAAGAAACGACAAAAAGCCAUCGAACUGUUGGAAAGGAAACUAGAUCAUAUCGGAAAAACAACAGUUUCAACCGUUGCCGCUUUGAAGAUGAAGCACUCGAAGACAAGCAUGGAGUUAAAGAAACUGCAGCAAUUGAAUCUGGUAAAAUUGCACCUUUUGGAUUUUGAUUUUUUCUUUGUUCAUCGUACUAGAUAACGUAUGCUCUAGUAAAUGAUUUAGAUUUAUAUUAAUAUUCGACUUCCCCAUUUAUAGAAGCGAAAUGCUAUGAAAGAGGUGCCACGACAAUCCUUUCACUUCAGUCCUUGUCCGACGAGUUAGAAGAUUUGGUUUCUAGCGUAAGCGAACGCGAGAAGAUUAAGAAAUUAUCAGCUGGCAGCGGCCCCGAACCAGCACCGCUGCACCAGAUCGGCAAACGCAAGAAGAUUAUCGGGGGUGGCGGUGCUAUAGCCGAGGUGAAUUACAAAGCAGGAAACCUUAUGGCUGUAGUUCCUUUAAGCUAGUUCUAGGCGUACUAGAGGAACACUCAAUAUUAGCGAUAUAAUGUUAUUUAUUAGUCGGACACGGCACGGUCAAUUUGCUUACAAGUAGAAAAAGGAGAAGUGGCCGAAGCAAAAUGCAAGUGGACGAAGCAAAAUGCAAGAACUCGUCUUAUUACUUUGUAUGCCAUACUAGUCAAAACAGGUAAAAGAUAACGCUUGCUAUCCAGAAGGAGUUUUAGCUCAUCUAAGAACGCCCGGUUCGCAGAGGCGCGGCGAAGGAAGGUCAUGCAGGAUCGCAUUUCGAAUAACGACGAAGAGCUCAAAGGCUUGCGGACCGAAUUGGAUAGGUUGCGACAGAAAACGUUUCCGAGCUUCGUCCAGGUACAUGAGGAGCGUCAGGGUAUUGCGGAUUAAACGCCAAUGAUGGAGGUCCUUAAUGUAGUGGAGAUGAAACAGUGAACCUAUCAAAUUAUUGGCAUCUGAAAAGAACCUAUCAAAUCCUUGUCACCUCCCGCAAAAUUUUGGAUAAGUAGAUGUAGAUUGAUCGCUCGUUGCCCUUCAGGUGGACAUGCGUCCAUUGCAUUACCAGUCCUUUGAAACAAAACAGUAUCAAAAUUGUGGAUUACACUUCGAGUUGUGUGUCAGUAUCUUGUUGUAGUUAGUUGUUACACUGAAAUGAAACUGAACAUGUUGAUUAGACGCCUAUUUUUUGUGUGUGAGUGCGUCGCUCCUUUUUCGCGUUUCUAACAUGUCGGCCCCAGUAAAAAUGUUAGUGAGCGAUAUGGGGCGGAAAGCGACAAGGGAUGUUUCCGACAAUCUCUACAGACAAUUGAAUUGAAUGACAAAUAACUUCAGUAGAGGCAUGUGAUAGUCGACUCUUUGUCGACGCACAACACUGCUAGAAAAUAUAUGGAAAUGAUAAACCAAACUGUAAGUAAAAUCAUAAACGCAGUAUCCAUAACUGUGCUCGAGAACCCCCUCAGUCGUGUGUUGCUAUUUCCCUUGAUAAAGACCCGUUGAUCUUUGUACCUUUGACAAAAAAUCUAACGAUGAUAAUCUUCAUAUGAUAGUCUAACUGAUAAUGCUCCUGCGCAACUAAUUACCCGAAUUAAUAUGCUCAUGAAGAUAAGUAUUUCAGGACAAUAAAUUGCAUGAAGUCUUCACAUCUUCUGCAAACAAGUCGAGCGCGACGCGCGCAUGACAUUGUUCUCUCGCGCAUAUCAUUAUCAUGAAGCCGUCCG